GGGGGGAUUGUCUGUCAUCACUCGUCCUCAAAUAGAGUCUCCUCCUCCUCCUGCUCCUGCUCCUCCUCGUCUUCUCUCAGUCUGAACAGUCCGUCUGUUACAUUCACAGUCAGCUUAUCAAUAACCUGAUCGAUCGGCCUGUCCUCAGAUCAGCUGACUCUCCUGGUUUCUGUGGACGACUCUGCAGCUGAUUGAUGAGAUCCAAAAACAUCAGAAUCAGUUCUGGACUGAGACUGGAUCAGAAGCAGUUGCAGGACUUCACCUGACUUAGACUCCUGGUCUCAGAGAGCUGUGGAGACAGGAGCAACAUCUGGACAACACCUGGACAAUCCAAUAACACCUGCACAGUGAAGCUUCUCUAUCGCUGCUGUUCUCUGUGGUGGAAACAGAAAAGAAGCAGUGAUCUGAUUUGGAAAGAGGGAGAGGAGAGUAGGGAGGGAGGGAUGGGAGGAUCAGUGUGUAAGGAGGAGAUGAAGGAGGAGAAGAGGAGCGUGGGGAGGGAGGACAGUCUGACAUCAGCAGAGAGAAUCCGACGAUUCACCGUCAAACAGUUUGGAUACAACGUCCUCAGUCUGGCUCGCCGAGGAUUGAAGGAGGUUCCUGAUGAGCUGUGGGAGCUGUUGGAGCUGGAGAAGUUGAAUCUGUCUCUCAACAGUCUGAAGGUUCUUCCUCCUCAACUCGCUGUGCUCUCCAACCUGGUGGUUCUCAACCUGUGGGGGAACCAGCUGAUCAGUCUGCCGGCAGAGAUCGGUCAGCUGAGGAGACUCAGAGUUUUAUUUGCCUACAGAAACAGACUGACUGAAGUUCCUGAGGAGCUGGGAGCCUGUACACAACUGGAGGUGCUGAGUUUAGCCAAUAACCAGUUGACGUCUCUGCCGGCAUCUCUGUCCAACCUGACCCGACUGACGAAACUCAACCUCAGCCACAACCACAUCACUCACAUCCCAGGUUGCGUCUACAACAUGAAGGCUCUGGUGUUCCUCCACCUGGCCUGUAACCGUCUGGAGAACCUGGCCGAGAACAUCCAGGCACUGGUGGAACUCAAGAUCCUCAUUGUGGAAGGAAACAGCCUCCACUCACUGCCCAAGGCUCUCUGCUGCCUCACCAGGUUGGAGUUGCUGAAUCUGGACUUCAACGACAUUAAAGAUGUUCCACAGGAGAUGCACCAGUUGUCCCGGCUGGAGAAACUCGCCUGUCAUCCUCUGGAUAAAGGACUCCACAUCGUCCACAACCCGCUGCUGAAGCCAGUGAAGGAAGUGCUGGAGGGGGGGCUCACUGCCCUCUUCAACUACCUGAGAGCUGGAUAGGGUGGGGGGUGGGGGAGCAAAUGUUUGACUACCUCAAAUAUUUGGAUGUUGAUGAUGAAAAUGAUGCUGAUGAUGGACAUAUCUGGACAAGCAGCUGGAAGACUGUCUGCAGGUCUGGAUGUGAACAGUUAAAUGUCUCUGAUGAGGACUGAGAUUCUUCUUCAGUUCAGACCCCUAUAGAAACGUAUGAAACCCAGGACGUUACCUGCAGCAUGUGAGCACCCUAGAAACUGUCUGACACUCAACAAUAGACUCGACUGUCCAUAUACUUUUGUCAACUGUAAAACAAACAUUUGGUAAAAAGAAAACUUUAGUAAUUUUAUUCUAUUUAAACUUUUGUUGUUUUCAAUUAAUUUUGUUUUUAAUUUAUUUCCUUCUUCCUGUUAUUAUUUAUAUUAUUAUUAUUACUGUUGUUAUUCAUGUUUUCUGUCUGGAGCCUGUCUGCAGUGUGUCAGUGUGUCCUGCAGGAGGCAGCAGAGAGCAGCAAACCUGUUUACUGAGUGAAGGUUCAUCACACACACACACACACACACACACCUGUAAACCUGUAGCAGUUGAACCAUUAACAGAUGUGAACGUGUUUUAAUCAAAUAAAAGCUUCUCUACACAUGUGAA